GGACUCCACCGACCUGCUGGAGGUGAGCGGAAGGAGCAACCACAAUGCCAACUCUCGUCCCAUAACUACGUUAUAGCCAAUUAAGGCGGAAACUAGCAAGAUGGCAUCAAACCCUCCUGGGCAAGGGUUUCAGAAUAAAAACAGGGUUGCGAUUUUGGCAGAGCUAGAUAAGGAGAAGAGGAAGCUGCUGAUGCAAAACCAGUCUUCCACAAAUCACCCUGGAGCCAGAGUUCUGCAGCCACUCUACCAAACAUAUGAGCUCCCCAUCAUGAAGACUAUGGACCCCUGCAUCUCUCUCGCCAGAUCUUCCCUUAACAAGGAUUUCCGUGAUCAUGCAGAACUGCAGCACAUCGCUGCACAGCAGAAGGCAGCUCUACAGCAUGCUCAUGCACAUUCCUCAGGAUACUUCAUAACCCAAGACUCUGCCUUUGGGAACCUUAUUCUUCCUGUGUUGCCACGGCUUGAUUUGGAGUGAGAAACCAUCCUUGGAACGAAGAGCAUCAGUGUUCGUCCAGUCUCAUAGCUGCUCCCUUGCCAAACUUUGCUUCUGGUUUAUGAAAACAAGAGGACUCAAAAAUGAAUGUUGUUGUUGUUGUUUUGUUCACUGUAAUGGCUUUCCGUUUUGAAUCCAGGUGUU